AUGAAAUUUCAAUCAUACUUUAUCUUAUUGAUCUUGAGUCUGUCACAACUUGUUGUAUCUUCCAAACAUCCAGCAAAAUCUCACAAUAGAAACCAUAAAUGGUAUUAUAUCUAUCGUGCCUGCAUGGAGGGUACUAAUGAUUAUAAAUGGGAAUCAUCAAUCAAGGCCAAACUAACAAAACAAUGUCAAUACCAGCCAAUUUUAGGUUCAAUUUUGAUAUGUAUUGCUAAUGAAAUGGGUGAUUCUACUAAAAACUUUCAAAAAUCACUAAAUGCUUUAGGAGAACGUUGUAACCCAAGAGCUAAAACAAACUAUUCGGUUGAUGACUUGAAUAAAAUUUAUCACAAUGCUACGCAAUAUGUUAUUGAUCCUAAAACUAUACAAGGAAAUGUCACAAAAAUCAAAUUUUCUCAACCUGUUAACAUAGUGAAAGCAGACAUUGAGGAUGCCUUGCGGUUUUAUAAGGCCAAUUUCGCAAAUACAGGAAAUGCUUCACUCUAUUCUGGUAUAAUGUGGGCUUAUUUUGUCGGAAUUUUCAUCUUGAUGGGGGUUGCAAAUUUUAUAAAGAGACUAGGCUAUCAACAUAAUUUCAACCAUAAGGUUAUAAAAUGGUAUAGAUCCAAUAUUUCAAUUCCUGCAUUGUUUAAUGCAAAACACACGGAUCCUUUCCAAUUUUGCAAAAUAUUUGCUGGUCUCGUACCAACUAGAGUUGAAACUUUAAUAGUGAUUGGAUUCUUAGGAUUAAAUGCCUUGUUCCUUGGUGGAUUCCAUGAUUUUGGUUCCCAUCUCCAUUUCAAAUCAACAGAAGAAGUGAGAAAUGUUCAACUUAUGGAAUUUGUUGCUGAUAGAACAGGGUUAUUAUCAUUUGGUUUGAUUCCACUAUUGAUUAUCUUUGCUGGUAGAAAUAAUAUUCUUACUACAUUGACUGGUAUUCCAUACUCAACUUUUAUUGUUUUCCAUAAAUGGGUUGCAAGAUUCAUGUGGAUCCAUGCUUUGAUUCAUUCCGCUUGUUGGACAGCAUAUGCAGUUUAUUAUAAGGCGAUGGCUGAAGAUUCAGCUGAAACAUAUUGGACUUGGGGUAUUGUUGCUACUAUCCUUGGUGGAUUGAUCUUGGUCCAAGCCUUCCACAUCUUCAGAAAUAUGGCUUAUGAAACCUUCUUGUUCAUACAUAUUGUUUUAGCUAUUCUGUUUAUUGUUGGUUGUUGGUGGCAUUGUUAUACUCUAGGCUGGCUAGAAUGGAUUUAUGUUUCAUGGGCAGUUUGGAUAUUUGAUAGAGUGUUGAGAGUUGUUAAAAUGUGUAUGUUUGGAUUUAGAAAUGCUCAGAUUGAAUUGAUUGCUGAUGAUACUUUCAAAAUCACUGUUAAACAUGGUAAAUGGUUUGCUCCAUAUCCAGGCUCAUUUGGUUAUGUUUAUUUCAUUACACCAACAAUGUUUUGGCAAUCCCAUCCAUUCACUUUGAUUGAUUCAGUGCUAAACAAGGAUGAAACAACUAUUUAUGUGAAAACCAAGGCUGGUAUCACCAAGAGACUAAACAAACAAUUAGCCAAAAUCCCUGGAAACAAAAAAACCAUUAGAAUAUCCAUUGAAGGUCCAUAUGGUCAUAGAGCUCCAAUUGAAAAAUAUGAUACUGCAUUAUUGUUGGCUGGUGGUAAUGGAAUCCCCGGCCCAUACUACCAUGCUAUUGACUUGUCUAAACGUGAAUCUUCAACAAAGCAACAGAUAAAGCUUACCUGGAUUAUUCGUAAUCCAGAUGCGUUACAAUGGUUUCAUAAAGAGUUGGAACUUUUAGCUCACACCAACGUUCAAACAGAUAUUUACAUUACUGCUCAAGACCAAAAUAAAGAGAAAUUAGAAGUUAAUGUGGAGGAGAAAAAAGAUACAUCGAGUGAUGAAGAAGGUAAAGCUUCAAAUUCAGAUACAACAUCCGAUAAAGCACCAAGCACAAGUGAAGUUAUUUCAUCAUUAUCUAAUCAUAUAAAUUUCCAUUAUGGAAGACCAAACUUGGAGGAGAUUAUAGUGAAAGAAUUCACAGAUGAAAAAGGUCCAUCAGUUGCUGUGAUGAGUUGUGGACCUCCAAAGAUGGUUGAUGCUAUUAGAAACCUUGUCGCAAAACAUUUACAAGAGUCUAAAGGUCGUGUUGAUCUGUAUGAAGAGUUGCAAGUUUGGUAA